AUGGCUUCUUAUCCGCGUGUCAAUCGACAAAUUACCGUCGAACGUUGCGAAAAAUUUAUAUCGGAAAGUUUCUUUACCGAUGUAAACUUACGUUCCUCACUUUACGUCAAGAGAACAGGCUCGGAAAAGUACAUUCAGUUACUUGUGUAUAAAGUUCCGAGCCUCAAACGCAUUAGCUUUGAGGAGGCGGUUAAAGGAAAUUACGAACCUGCAAAGCGUGGUGACACUUUCGGUCCCAGUUGGUCCACACAUUGGUUUCACGUUCAUGUCACUAUUCCUGAAGAUUGGAAGCAUGAGGAAGUGCAGUUCGUAUGGGAUGCAAAUAAUGAAGGGAUGGAGGUGAUAGCCGCCGAGUCGAAUAUGUCCUUACGCGUCGCUCCAAGGGUGGCGAGGAAUUUGAAUUCUAUAUUGAGAUGGCUUGUAAUGGUCGAACUGACCGUACCCAAUCAGAGGGCCUGGAAGCUGUUCUAUGAUUUUGAAAUCAUACUCGAGAUGGCCAAAGAAAUUCCUCACGAUACUAUGAGAUCGGCUCAAGCCCUUCACACUGCGAAUAGUAUAGUUAACGCAUUCCGUCCGAACGAUGAAAGUUCCAUCGAUGAAGCUCUCGACAUUUCUCGCGAGUUUCUAAAACAUAAAAAUGGCAACACACAACUCAGAUUGACGGCCGUUGGAAACUGUCACAUUGAUACGGCUUGGUUAUGGCCGUUUGACGAAACCAAGAGAAAGGUGGCGAGAAGCUGGUCAACGCAAAUUGGACUGAUGGAACUCUAUCCCGAUUAUAAAUUUGUUUGCUCCCAGGCGCAACAAUUCGAAUGGCUAAAAAUUUACUAUCCCGAGUUAUUCAAAAAAGUUCAAGAGAAAUCUGCCGACGGGCAAUUCUUACCUAUCGGCGGGACUUGGGUUGAAAUGGAUUGCAACCUUCCAAGUGGGGAGGCGUUCUGCCGACAAUUCCUAUUCGGACCAGGAGAACUAAUACGCAGCGUCAGAAACCAUAAAGACAAAGAAUUAAGCGACGAAGCUCUCUUGUUAUUUGGCAACGGGGAUGGUGGUGGUGGACCGCUUGCAUCCAUGAUCGAACGUCUUCAUCGAUUGAGAGAUGUUGAUGGUCUGGCUAAGGUCGAUAUGGGUUCGGCAGAUGAUUUUUACGAAAGACUUGAGAGGAAUUCUUCAGAAUUGGUUUCUUGGAAGGGUGAAUUGUAUUUUGAGCUCCACAGAGGCACGUAUACGUCACAUGGACGGAUCAAACGGUACAAUCGUAAAUCCGAAUUGCUCUUGCGAGACGUUGAAAUCUUGUCUACGUUCGCCUCACACGUCGAACAGGGAAAUGGCGCGUAUCCAAAAGAAACGUUGGAGGAACUAUGGAAAUAUGUUUUGUUAAACCAAUUUCACGACGUCCUACCGGGCUCCUCUAUUGAAAUGGUUUAUGAUGAUGCUUACAAGUUUUAUGAAGAUGUUGAGAAAAGAGGCAUUGAACUUCGAGAAAAAGCUCUCGGAAUACUCCUCGGGAAGCCUUCAUCUACCCCAUGUGCUGAAGAAGGGUUACUGGUUUUCAAUACACUCGGUUGGAGUAGGACCGAGGUCGUCGAAGUUCCAGUUUCUCCGGGAUUAGGUCCUUUCGCUCAAUACGCCACGGAUCAAAAGUCUGGCUAUGUUCUUGUUAAGGACACUGCUGGAUUGGGUAUCCAAAGCGUUGACGUUGGUAUAAGUGACAUCACUUCUCCUGCGACUG